UGUAAACUGAGAUAUGGUUGACAUCAAAAAGGUCUUUACGAGCGGUGGCAACGGCUGGUCUCCUGACACCAAGAUCAGCUUCCCAGAUGACGAUGAUUUUGCUCAGGUGACGACUCGAUGGGCCACCUAUAAGCCUCCGACCUACGCGGCCGCCAUCAGCCCGGCCACAGAAGAAGAUGUCGUUAAGGCGAUCAAACUAGCAACAGAGCACGGUAUCAGCUUCCUCGCUACGGCUGGACGCCAUGGCUACAGCACUGUGCACAGCAAGCUUCAAAAUGGCCUUGCCAUAGACCUCCGCAAGCUGAAUAGUAUACAGCUAGACAAAGAGACAGAGACAGUGACGGUGGGUGGUGGUGUUACCACUGGCGAGAUGCUUGACCCGCUGUUUGAGGCUGGGUUUGACAUACCGACCGGAUCAUGCUCGGCUACCGGGAUGGUUGGUGCCACGCUGGGUGGCGGCGUGGGCCGUUACUCUGGCAUUUAUGGGCUGUUGAUUGACUCAUUACUGUCACUACGCGUAGUGACAGCAUCAGCCAAGGUUGUUGAUGUAUCAGCUACGUCGAAUCCAGAGCUAUUCUGGGGUAUGCGUGGCGCUGGAGCCAAUUUCGGUCUGGUCACCUCAGCAACAUACCGAAUCUAUCCCAUCAAUGGUAACCCUCGCUUGCGUGGUGCUGUAACCAAUAUCGACUUCGUUAUCCCGGCGCACAUGGCAUCAGGCUACUUUGAGAUGCUAGAAAAGCAUUUUGGCGGCAAUCGUAUGCCACCAAACCUUGCUCCCAUCUCUAUCGUCAUGUUCAACCCAGAACAUUCUGUGCCCCAGAUUCUUGGGACCUGGGCCUACCUGGGCCCUGAAGAUGAGGCCCGCGAGGUCAUCGCUCCUUUACUAGCUUUAGAGCCGCCUAUUCUCGCCAUCCAAAAUAUCCCUACAAACAAGCUGCUGCACGCCGCUGCCUUCGGCUUUGUCCCUCUGAUUCAACAGGACAGCGCAAUCCGCAGCGCUUACUCAGCUAAUAUGAAAGACAUCUCGGGCUCGGCCCUCCACGAUGCCUUCAAUAAAAUGUGUGCCCUCUACGAGGCCCACCCGGAUGCUCGUAGAAGUGCCAUUGAAAUGGAGCACUUUCCAAACCAAGCUAUGGCUGCUGUACUUGAUGACGAGACGGCUUAUCCAUGGCGGGACUCACGGAGUAACAUAAUCUGCCUCUUCAGCUGGCAGGAGGAUCCAAAUAGCAGUGCGCCUCAGGCGGUGGCCGAACUUGGUCCGCAGAUACGUGCUAACCUAUGCAAGGCGGGCGGGUACGACGAUGUCUCUGUCUAUGUUAGCUAUUCGCAGGGUGACGAGACUCUAGAGCAGGUCUACGGCCGUAGAAAGCUCCCCCGUCUGGCGGCGCUCAAGAAGGAAUGGGAUCCGAACAACAUCUUCGCUUACAAUUUCACUCUGCCUACCCAGUACCCCUGAG